AUGAGUCCAUUUCGCCUAGUCUACGGGAAGGCUUGUCACCUUUCGGUAAAGGUGGAACACAAAGCUUACUGGGAUGUGAAGGAAUGCAACUCAGGAUUGGGAGGAGCCAAAAUUGAAAGAAAAUUGCAACUGGUGGAAUUGGAGUGCCUGCGGUUAGAGGCAUAUGAGAAUUCAAGGCUCUACAAGGAAAAGGUAAAGGCAGUCCAUGACAAGUACAUCAAGAGAAGAGAGUUUACAGCUGGGGAUCAAGUCCUUCUCUACAACUCGAGGUUGAGUUUAAUGCCAGGCAAGCUGAGGUCAAGGUGGGAUGGACCAUACGUGGUGGAGAAGGUGGAAUCGUACGGAGUUGUCCACCUAAGUCACCCCUCAAGCCCCACCUUCUUCAAAGUCAAUGGCCACCGUUUGAAGCUGUAUCAUGGUGUGAAGAUGAAGAACAACAAAGAGCUAGAGAUCUACCUCUUGAAGGAUCCAGCAAGGGAAGAGGACUGA